GCGCGUACCACAUACCCGGAAGUGCGUGCACGUGUGUAUGUCCGGGGUGUGAGUUCGGAAAUCUCACCUCACACCCGCUGUGCAGAGUGGGAAGUGGUAGCUGGUUAUGUGCAGAGAUCUGACAGCACGGACCUCCCCUGUGCUCUGUGUGCAGAGAUCUGACAGCGCGGCCCUCCCCUGUGCCCUGUGUGCGCUGACAUCUCCUGUGCUCUGUGUGCAGAGAUCUGACAGCACGGACCUCUUCUGUGCCCUGUGUGCACUGACAUCUCCUGUGCUCUGUGUGCACUGACAUCUCCUGUGCUCUGUGUGCACUGACAUCUCCUGUGCUCACUGACAUCUCCUGUACUCUGUGUGCGCUGACAUCUCCUGUGCUCUGUGUGCGCUGACAUCUCCUGUGCUCUGUGUGCGCUGACAUCUCCUGUGCUCUGUGUGCGCUGACAUCUCCUGUGCUCUGUGUGCGCUGACAUCUCCUGUGCUCUGUGUGCGCUGACAUCUCCUGUGCUCUGUGUGCGCUGACAUCUCCUGUGCUCUGUGUGCGCUGACAUCUCCUGUGCUCUGUGUGCGCUGACAUCUCCUGUGCUCUGUGUGCGCUGACAUCUCCUGUGCUCUGUGUGCGCUGACAUCUCCUGUGCUCUGUGUGCGCUGACAUCUCCUGUGCUCUGUGUGCGCUGACAUCUCCUGUGCUCUGUGUGCGCUGACAUCUCCUGUGCUCUGUGUGCGCUGACAUCUCCUGUGCUCUGUGUGCGCUGACAUCUCCUGUGCUCUGUGUGCGCUGACAUCUCCUGUGCUCUGUGUGCAGUGUGGAUGUCCCAGCCUUGCCAUGUGUUGUCACUAGUCAUCUGUACACAGUGUGCAGUCUGGUGGGCACAGGUGAUGGCACUGCCAGCUCUGCAGGGCACAGGGUUCCAGUUCCGUAGGAUACUUGGUUACUUCCCCCAGGAUAUCAGCUUGGCCUUUGCCUAUGGAUCUGCAGUCUUCAAGCAGAUUGGUGCUGCCCAGAACAAUGCCAAGAACAUGGUGGACUUUGUGUUUGCAGUGGAUGACCCUGUCACGUGGCAUACUAUGAACCUGAUGCAGAACCGGAGUCACUACUCAGUGCUGAAAUAUCUGGGACCAAAGAAAAUCAGUAACAUUCAGGACAAGUAUGGUGCUGGUGUCUAUUAUAACACCCUGGUUCAGUGUGAUGGGAAGGUUAUAAAGUAUGGUAUUGUGAGCACCGAUGCCCUCAUUGAAGAUUUACUGCAUUGGAGAACCUUGUACAUUGCCGGCCGCUUACAUAAACCGGUGAAAAUCCUGAUGCAGAAAGAGAGCGUCCGGCUCAAGACAGCGCUGACCACCAACCUGAAGAGCGCCCUCCUCGCGUCAUUCCUCAUGUUACCUGAAAGCUUCUCUGAAGACGAACUCUACCUGCAGAUCGCCGGCCUCUCCUACUCAGGAGACUUCAGGAUGAUAAUUGGGGAAGAUAAAGCCAAGGUGACGAAUAUUGUCAGACCCAACAUAGGACACUUUCGGAAGCUGUACAGUAACAUAUUACAGGAUUGCCCCCAGGCUGUGUAUAAGCAAUCACAGGGCAAAAUAGAGGUGGAUAAAAGUCCAGAGGGCCAGUUUUUGCAGCUCAUGAGUUUACCAAGGCAUCUACAACAGAGAAUAACAGCUCUUGUUGACCAGCCAGGAAAGAAUCGAGAUGUAGAAGAGGUUUUACUACAAGUAGCCCAGGACCCUGACUGUGAGAGUGUGGUACAGCAAGCUAUAUUUGGCAUAGUAAAAUCUUCAAGUUUGAGUCAAAGCGCUAAAGGAAUAGUCACUGCUGGGGUAAAGAAAACCAUUUCCUAUAGUGCAAAGAAGCUCUACAAAAUGGUGCGGAGUCUGCGCAAAGAAUAAUUUUAUUUGUGGUUAUUCUUAUUUUAUUUAUAUUUGUAAGUUUUCAUCUAUUAAAUAAAAAAAUAAAAAC